GCGAGGGCAGGAAUCCCACAAUAGCAGGCAAAGGAGUUUUUUUUCAGAGGCAGAGCUGGGGCUGGUGGCUGCUUCAAUCAAAGGGAAAGCAGAGAGGGAAGCGAGGCUCUGCGGAGAGAUGUAAGAUGGCAGAGCUACAAAUGUUGUUAGAGGAAGAGAUUCCGGCCGGUAAAAGAGCGCUCGUGGAGAGUUACCAAAACCUCACCAGAGUAGCAGACUACUGCGAGAACAAUUAUGUCCAGGCCCAGGACAAGAGGAAAGCUCUGGAGGAGACCAAAGCCUACACCACCCAGUCCCUGGCCAGCGUAGCCUACCAGAUCAAUGCCUUAGCCAACAAUGUACUGCAGCUGCUGGACAUCCAGGCUUCGCAGCUGCGGCGCAUGGAGUCCUCCAUCAACCACAUCUCCCAGACUGUGGACAUCCAUAAAGAGAAGGUAGCCAGGCGGGAGAUAGGGAUCCUGACCACCAACAAGAACACGUCGAGGACCCAUAAGAUCAUAGCGCCGGCUAAUAUGGAGAGACCAGUUAGGUACAUCAGGAAACCUAUUGACUACACUGUACUGGACGAUGUCGGUCAUGGUGUCAAGUGGUUAAAAGCCAAGCAACAUGGAAACAAUCAGGCAAUUCGAGGAGGAACACUAUCAAGGACCAAUCCGCCGACACAGAAGCCACCAAGCCCUCCCAUGACAGGGCGUGGCACGCUCGGACGCAACACACCCUACAAGACCCUGGAGCCAGUGAAGCCGCCCACAGUGCCCAAUGACUACAUGACAAGCCCGGCCCGACUAGGCAGUCAGCACGGCCAGCAGCACAGCCCCGGACGCACAGCAUCGCUCAACCAGAGGCAACGCACACACAGUGGAAGCAGUGGGGGUAGUGGCAGCAGGGAGAACAGCGGCAGCAGCGGAAUUGGCAUUCCCAUCGCAGUGCCUACACCCUCCAUUCCUGGUACUGGACCAGUCCCACCCAUGUCUGCUCCUCCCGGAGCCCCUCCGCCUCCCCCACCCCCUCCCCCUCCUCUACCUCCACCUGCUCCUCCCAUGGCUGGACUUGCCCCUCCAGCACCACCACCACCACCACCACCCUUAGCGGUGGCCCCUGGGCCUGGUCUGGGCCCCGCUCCAAUGUCCCAGUUUGGAACCAUCUCGCGGCAGAUUUCGCGGCACAACCCUUCCAACUCCUCUGUCUCUAUGGUUUCGGCCACGGGCACCUACCGCCGGGCACCGUCGGUCACUUCCCAGUUCUCCUUGCAGCAGCAGCAACAACUACAACAGCAGCAGCAGCAGCAACAGCAGCAGCAGCAGCAACAACAGCAACAACAGCAGCCUCAUAUUAAUGGAGGCACUCCUGGCUUUGGUCAGAACUCAAUGUCUAUCGCUCCUCCUCCUCCCCCCAUGCCCCAGCUGACUCCACAGAUACCUCUGACUGGCUUUGUGGCCAGGAUGCAGGAGAGCAUUGCAGAUACUCCUACUCCCCCUCCCCCUCCCCCUCCCGAUGACAUGCCCAUGUUUGACGACUCUCCUCCCCCUCCACCGCCUCCUCCAGUGGACUACGAGGAGGAAGAUGCUGCUGUCGUGCACUACGACGACCCCUACGCUGACGGAGACCCACAGUGGGCUCCCAAGAACUACAUUGAGAAAGUGGUGGCCAUCUAUGACUACACCAAGGACAAGGAUGAUGAGUUGAGUUUCAUGGAGGGGGCAAUCAUUUAUGUCAUCAAGAAGAACGAUGACGGCUGGUUCGAGGGCGUGUGCAACGGUGUCACUGGCCUGUUCCCUGGCAACUACGUGGAGUCCAUCAUGCACUACGCCGACUGAAGGGACCUUGCAGUAAGAGAAGUCUAUUUAUUCAGUCAUAUCAUAAUCCAGUGAGAGACUGACAAGCAGCAAUUCUUGCCUCUCAAGACGCAUAGACAUAACUGUAUGAUCCCCUUUUGAUAUGACAGAAUGUUCUUUCCCUAACUGAUUGCAGAUAAAAUGAAAAGUAAUAUCUAUUUAGUUUAUUUUGGUGUUAUAUGGGCAGUUGGGGGACAUUAAUGGAAUAUGUAAAAAUAAAAAUUUAAAAGUUUCUAAAGAAUUGGACUGCACGUGCUCACACAGGUUGAACUCAAAAAUGAUGAUCACUCAGCUGAAGGAUGUACAUUUUGGCCUAAACAAAGAUUUCAAUCCUUUGUGAACAAGAGUAUUAGGUUUUAUGGAACAAAUAGAAAUAUUAAUGUCGUACGCACCUUCAGUUGAAGUGUUUGUACUGUCAGUUGUAUAUAACGUGAGCUGCAGCCACUUGGAUUUCUGUAAUGUAAAUUCAGUGAAUGUCAAUUAUAUGAUAGUUUAUUAGUGGUGCCCUCCUCAACGCCAUAAAGGCCCAUUUAUAUGGAAAAUAAACAGACGGCCUGUCAAUAAUUUACCAACUUAUGUACUGUAAAUGGUAUUUCAAAGAAACAAUUACUCCUGAAAAUCAGUCUUGGCGUUAAAGCAUGCAAAAUUCUAAGAGAUAUAAUGUAAUCUUAAGUUUAUUGCCAUUAGGCUUCCAUUAUGUUGUAAGUGUAUUCACCUGUUUUGUUUAAAUUUUGUUCAACUGUUGAAAUCACUGAACGUUUUAGACUCUUAAGUAAAUUUCAGGCUUUCCCAUGGUGUCACAUUUUAAAUGCAGAAUUGUAUUCGAACUUAAAACUCCUAAAAAGUUUGCUCUGGUGUGCAUUUAGAUCUGUUUGGAGCAAGGAAACACAUUCCUUUUUUUGGCUUAUUAUCAGGCAUUUUAAGAUUAUGUCACAUCACUGUUGUUAAUUCUAAACUAAUCCACACAAAAUCUGUACGAUCCAUUGGUAACUGGCAAUAAUGGACUUUUGGUUCUGAUAGACAGCAGGUGGUGAAUUGUCGUGCCUAACACUGCCAUGCGACAAUUCAGACAUAGUAGACCAAUAAACAACUCUAAUACCUCCUCAGUCUUCUCAAAGCAACAAUGACCUGCUCUGGGUUCAAGGACCAUGUUGAAUGCUUUGAACAUGAAAUCCUCUGGGCUGCACAGGUGUACAUAUUUAACUCAAGCCAAUCAGCCAAUCAAUAUUAGGUUUCACUCAGGUCUUGGAAUCAUCUUGAUAACAUUGUACUUUCUUUUUGUUAGCCCUCAAACAUUCAUCUAAGUUUCAAAUGCAAGGUUAACCUGCAGUGUUCACCAUUUUCCAUUUCAGGAUACUGCAGCUAAUGCCUUGAUGUUUCGCCCAUUUGCUUUAGCAUUUCCAAUAAGAAAAAAAAGCGUGUUCCGGCUCAAUUUCGUGGGUAGAAAUACUGAAAUCUAUCUCUCCGUCUGCCCUUCAUUUGUACAUAUGAAAUGUUGAUUGAAAAAUUAAUGUACAGUCUUUUAUAAUAAACAAUUCUAUGUACAA